UGUUUCAUUUCUGUGGGUGAUUGUAGAUCAAGAUCAACUGGUGGAAACUUUACUUUAAAUUACUGUAUCAAAGAGUAUGUAACGUGGUACAAAGUCCAAAGUCAACUUUUUCGUUAAAGCAAUCAAGGGAUCUUAAAGUCACCAAUUCACCAUGAAUCCUUUAACACAAAUUGUGCGUGCAACACGCCCUAUUUAUCGAAAUCUGUCUACUUCUGCAACAAGAUCAUCAGCUGCCAAACCUAUACCUACCACUGGACUUUGUUUUGAACUAAACGAUGAACAGAAAGCUCUCCAGGACCUUGCUAGAAAGUUCACCAGGGAAGAGAUUAUCCCUGUGGCUGCACAGUACGACAAAAGUGGGGAAUACCCGUGGCCGAUCAUCAAGAAGGCGUGGGAAGUUGGCCUCAUGAAUGGACAUGUCCCCGAACAUUGCGGGGGCAUAGGAAACUUUGGCGUUUUCGACGAGUGUAUAGUCGCUGAUGAGUUUGCCUUCGGAUGCAGUGGCAUUUGUACAGCCAUUGGCAGUUCUGGUCUAGGACAAACGCCCGUCAUAAUUGCUGGUAAUAAGGAACAGCAGAAAAAGUACCUUGGAAGGCUCAUUGAAGAACCAUUGGUUGCUGCAUAUGGUGUUACGGAACCUGGAGCAGGAUCAGACGUAGCCGGUAUCAAGACUAGAGCUGAAAAGAAGGGCGACGAAUGGAUCCUUAAUGGACAAAAGAUGUGGAUCACCAACGGAGGGGUAGCCAACUGGUAUUUUGUAUUGGCAAGGACUAACCCAGAUCCAAAAUGCCCAGCGAGCAAGGCUUUUACCGGUUUCAUCGUAGAGAGGGAAUGGCCUGGUGUGGUACCUGGACGCAAAGAACAAAAUAUGGGACAGCGUGCAUCUGAUACUCGGGGCAUCACUUUUGAAGAUGUCCGCAUACCUAAGGAGAAUGUUCUCAUCGGUGAAGGUGCUGGUUUUAAAAUCGCUAUGGGUGCCUUUGACAAGACCCGACCACCAGUGGCAGCUGGUGCCACGGGUUUGGCUGCCCGUGCUCUGCACGAGGCUACUAAAUACUCGUUGGAGCGCAAGACGUUUGGUGUGCCGAUCGCCCAGCACCAAGCUGUGGCGUUCAUGCUUGCUGACAUGGCUAUCGGCGUCGAAAGCGCGCGCCUCGCUUGGCAAAAAGCCGCUUGGAUGGUCGACCAUGGCCAGAAGAACACAGUCAUGGCAUCCGUGGCCAAAGCCUAUGCUUCGGAAGUAGCCAACAAAGCAGCCACCGAUGCUGUCCAAGUGUUUGGAGGGAACGGCUUCAAUACCGAGUACCCUGUAGAGAAACUGAUGCGCGAUGCCAAAAUCUACCAGAUUUAUGAAGGCACAUCCCAAAUUCAGAGACUCAUCAUAUCCAGGGAACUUCUAAUAGCUGCCAAGCAAUCUGCAUAAUAAACAUAUCAUAAAUCAAUUUUUAAGGUUCAUCAAUAGGAACAAUUGAUUGAAUUCUGCUUAUUUUUAUAUAUUUUUAAAGCUAUAUACAUAUGUACCUAGGUGACUAGAACAGUUUUGAGGGAUUAUUUCUUACAAAAGGUUCCCCUCUUUGGCUACCAAUCCUUACAAAUAAAUGUACCUUGAAAAUUUGACAUUUAUCCAUAGUUUAACAAUAUCUCAAAACUUUGCUGGUACCCUAUGUAUCAUUGUUUUUAAAUUGUACAGACAGACAAUAAUAAGAAUAGACUUAUCAGUGCCUAUAAAACUAUUAUAUGCUUUGGUUCACAUUAUACAAUACAUCACCAUGUGGCGGUUUAAGCCUAGCGUGCCUUUUAGUAAUAGGCCUUGGGACCUGGGAAUCACACAUCAUAUCACAUAGAAAAACUGAAUAAAUAUGUACAACAAAAAUUUAUUAACGAGUAAGCUAUUAUAUCAUGCAACAGAAGGUUACGAAAAGGAAAAAUAAAGUUUAAUACAGUGAUAAAUUUUGUAAGGUGCAAAACCUUUUUUUGUAAUAUAAUAGAGACUAAACCAACAGCAGACCAACCUUUUUGUUUCCCUCCCCAGUUAGUCCACCAUUGUACAUUACUUAUUCAAAACAUUAUUUUUGUAUUUGAUAUAGGGAAUAUUUUGAAUGUUUUAUUGUAAAGAUUUUUGAGGGUUUUCUAUUUAUACAACAGACUUUAAAACUAAGAACGAAAAUUAUAACCUACUCAAGUGUAUAUCAUCCAGUAAAUAAUAAAUAUGAUGUAAGAUAGAGUUAUAAGUUGAAAAUUCACAAUUAGGCAUAACUUUUCAUUUUGUUAAGUUUAAUUAUUUUGUUUUUUUUAGUGGGCUUGGUUUAUGUAUUAUUAUGGUGAAUUUUUUUAUUACAAAGUCUGUGGAAUAGUUUCUAUUUGAAAUGGCACAACUUAAUAAAUAUUUUAAUCACAA